AUGGAACAAAUUUUAGAAUCUCCUGCAGAAUCAGAUAUUAAAGAAUUAUUCAAUUAUAUAUUAUCAAUUUCCUGUUCAAAAAGAAUUGACAAAUUGGGCAUUUUGACGGAAGAUGACUUGAAAGCAUGCUUGGAAGAUAUUCGGAGGAAACGAGUACAAGAGAUGAAAUUGAGGCAGCAGAAAAUGCAGCAAUGGAAAAUCAAUGUAAUUAUAACGAUUUAUAUUUUUAACUUUAAUUUUCGGAUGGAAAGUACCGAGAUAGCUGAGAAAAAGGAUUUCUUGGAAAUGGCAAAAAAAUCUUCAAACUUUGUUUGCCACUUCUACAGAGAUGACUUCUUUCGCUGCAAAGUUAUUGAUAAGCAUCUUAAUAUACUUGCAAGGAAGCACAUGGAAACUAAGUUCUGUAAGAUUAAUGCUGAAAAAUGUCCCUUUUUAACAGAGAGACUGAGGAUUAAAACUUUGCCAACACUGGCAUUAGUGAAAGAUGCAAAAACCAAGGAUUAUGUUGUUGGAUUUGGUGAAUUAGGCAAUACUGAUGACUUUACUACAGAAGUAUUAGAGUGGAGGAUAGCUCAUGCUGAUGUAAUUGAA